ACGCAUUAAAAGCGCUCCCAGACUCUAUCGUAAAUUAUAUACACCACAUCAACUCUCACUCACUCUUCUGUAAUUCCACGAUCCAAGGACAUAGCGCUAAAACAAUGGCUACGAACAUGCUUGCCAGUCGCGACACCAACGCUCAGCCGAAGUCGACGCCGUCGCCAGAGAAGCAGAAGCCGAGGAGCAUGGAGUAUCACCGGCAGGUUCUGGAGUCGCGUCUGAAGAGCGGGCAGAACCAGCAGAACUACAUCUCUCCGUCUGACGAGAUCAUGUCUCCGGCGACCCAGAAGCUCAAUGCAUUCCGCAACAAGCACGUCAUGAAGAAGUCGAAGCCGCAGACGCUCUUCAAGAAGACUAGCUCGAAGAACUUCGAGGCUGCAUCCGCAAUGGGCACAGCCAUGUUUGCUGAUAUUCCGAAAGAAGACCCGAAAGAUAAGGGCAAGACGGAGGGUUCUUAGCCUUGGUUGGGUUUCUUAGUCGCUUUCAUCUCUUCGUCAAUACCCGGAUCCAGACCGAAGGAGUCUCUCGAUACGACUCUUGGAUCCAGCAGUCCUGCUAUGAUUUGGGGUUAGUUUGCAUCGGAUGGGCGAAGUAAUUGGGCUGCUUUGGAGUUUGGGCUAUGAUAACAACUCGACCACUGUAACAAUACUUAAAUGAACCCAUUAGCGAG